AUGGAACAGUUUCUUGAUUUUCUCUUCCCCUAUUUGUGGUAUGUCAGGCAGUGUGGCGGUUUCCAAUUUGAACUUUUUGGUUAUGUUUAUUGCAGCUGGGACUGCAAUACCAGGAAAAGGCGUGUUAUUUGUAAAUACAAGUCUGACCCUACUGUUGCCUUGGGCUAUUUGUCUUUUGCUCUUCUUGUUGCAUCUUCUGUGGCCGAUUUCCUGUCGUUAUUUUAUCCGUAUCAAGGGAAAUCAAUCCCACAAGCUGCUUUGCUCAAAAACACUAGUUUUGUUGUGGUCCUCAACAUCGCAUUGGGCACAACUGGUUUAGCAGCAGCAUUAAUAUUGUGGCCUACAAUCUCCGAGCAACUUCAUAUCACGCGCAACAUCCAUCACAACUUGCAAACUGAUUGCCCAACAACCAAGACCGGUCUUCUUGGUGGAGGCGCCUUUUUGUCUCUUGAUUCUGCGCUCUUUUGGUUGGUGGCUUUGAUGUUAGCUGAUAACGCUCGCGAGGAUUAUUUCCAAGACGCAGAUGUUAAGGGCGAGCUGAAAGCAAGUUAUGCAGAUGAUGAAGUUAUCAAGAGCAGUGCUUAAGAAGAUUGUUCUACUUUCUAUUUGUCAUUCUGAUGUUGCCAAUAUGGAAUUGUUAGUACAAACUUAUGUAAAAAACAUGAUUUCCUGUCUUUCUAAUUAUAAAUAUCAUUAUGGAUUCCUUUAUUUAAAUUGA